AAACCUGUAUGUAUGUACAAUCUUAUAGAACGGCGUCAUUUGAUACACGCGGCGGUUUGCAAGUAUAAAUUAAAUAAAAAAAAAAGUCAAUCAUCUCACUUUUAUCGUUGGAAACUCUUCAAUUGUUAUUAGCGAGCUUCAUUUAUCUACUUAUUUGUUCCGUAAUCAUCUUUUAUAAAUAUUGAGAUCUAACUCUCUUAAUUUAACCUAAUAAAAUGGGCGACAAUAUCGAGAAAGGAAUUAUCACCCGCAUUAUCCUGGAAAAUUUUGUGACUUAUGAUAGCGCUAUAGUGAAUCCUACCAGAUAUCUCAAUGUUAUUGUUGGACCUAAUGGAUCUGGCAAGUCCACUAUUGUUGCCGCUAUAGUUCUUGGCUUAGGUGGCAGACCUAAUAUCAUUGGACGAGCGCUUCAUAUAGGAGAAUAUGUUAAGUAUGGAUGUCAAUCCGCAAAGAUAGAAAUUCAUUUGAAGAAUGGCAAUAAAAGGGAUCAUGUGAUAGUCAGGAUUUUUACCAAAGAAGGAACAUCUAAAUGGAUGAUUAACGGUGCUCAAUCAUCUGCAAAAGCUGUACAAGAAUUCACAUCCAGUCUUAAUAUUCAGGUUGAUAAUCUUUGUCAAUUUCUACCACAAGAUAAAGUGCAAGAUUUUUCAAAAAUGGAUCCCCAAGGUUUGUUAGAAAAUACUGAAAGAUCUGUCGGAGAUCCAAAACUGUUAGAAUAUCAUCUACAAUUGAAGAAACAAAGAAUCCAUUUCAAGGAAUUAGAGUCUGACAUAGCAAAUAAAAAACGACUAUUGGAAUCUAAAGUUCAAAGACGUGAUGGGUUGCAACAAACUGUCAGUACAAUAAAAGAAAGAAAAUUGAUAAAGAAAAAAAUUACAACACUGAAACAAAAAAAGACAUGGAUGCUGUAUGAGGAAAUGCGCAGAAAAUUAGUGCAGUCUAAGAAAAUCAGAGAUAUAGCAGCAAAAGAAAUGCAGUCAAUAGAUGCUCAAUUGAUACCAAUAAAUAAAAAACUUGAGAAAAUGAAGUUUAAUAUGAUGACAUUAAAAAAUUCAUUAAAUGAUCAUAACAACAAAGUUAAUGCUAAAAGUACAAAAUUAAAGAGCGUAAUAAAUGAGAUUCUUAGUUGUGAAAACAGGAUUAAAGAAUCUGAGAAUACAUGUUCAUGUAGAAUUCAAGCAGAACAGAAUCGGGAUCAAGAUAUUAAACUUGCACAACAGCAGAAAAGCAAAUUGGAAAAUGAUUUUUCUCUUAUGAUUAAUGAGAUUGGAACAGAGGAAAGUUUAGUAAAGCAAUUGCAGAAUGUAGCAAGCAAUAUGGAGGGACAUAGAAGAAUAAUGGAUAAUUUCACCAAUAAAAAGAAUUUAUUAAAACACGAAGAAGAAAAAAUUGGUUAUGAAAUAAGAGCUACACAAGCAGAAUGUCAGUCUCUGAAUAUUGAUGUGAAGCGUUUAGAACUCUUGAAACGAACUAGUCCUGACGCAUAUAAAGGUGUGCUUUGGUUGAGAGAGAAUCGUGAUAAAUUUUCGGCUACAGUGUAUGAGCCCAUGUUGCUCAGUAUCAAUGUAAAAGAGGCUUCAUAUGCCAAGUAUUUAGAAAACAUAAUAUCCUUUCGAGAUUUAGUCGCAUUCACAUGUGAGAACAAACAGGAUAUGAAUUUGCUACUGAAGUACUUGAGAGAUCAACAAAAAUUGCAAGUUAAUGCAAUUUAUUCUGAUACCACCAAAAAAAUUAUGCCACCAAAUAUACCAUUACAAGACAUUAAAAAAUUUGGCUUCAAGCAUUAUUUAGCAUCACUUAUUGAAGCACCACCUGUCAUAAUGACAUAUCUGGUUUCAAUGUAUCAAUUAAAUAAUAUUCCUGUCGGGACCAAUGAAGUCGAAAAUAAUACAGAUCGUAUACCCCGCAACUUAAGCUGUUACUUUAGUGAGAACAACAUUUAUUCUGUGAAUAUAUCUAGAUACACACGCACAACAUCGACCAGAAUAUCACAAGUCAAUGGAAAUGGCUUGCUAUCGAUUAUUCUAGAUAAAUUAAAAGUACAAGGACUUCAAGAACGAUUAAAGAACUUGCAAGAAAGGAAAAAUCAAAUCUUAAUUGAUAUUAAAGAGGAAGAAGAUAAAAUAUGUGAGGAAACCAAGGAAUUAGAAAAAUAUCGAUCUGACAGAAAUAAAUAUCAACAAAAUAUUCAAAGUAUUCAAGCCUUGAAGAGCAGAAUAUGCAUAGCUACUAAGAAAAUUGAACAGUUGGAAAUGGAGCGAACAAGUAUUGAUAAUAUAAAAGCCACAUGCACUAAAGAGAUUAAGGCUAUUAUAAAGAAACAAUUACAAAUGUAUAAAGAAUAUAACACAAUUCUAAAGGAAUGUUUCAAUUGUGUUACAAAUAAUGACGAAGUCAAAUUUGCAAUAGCUUUACUGCAACAAACUUUAGUUAUUAAAGAGAAUGAGGCUGCAGAAUUGAAGGAUACGUUUAUAAAUGCAGAGAGGACAUUUAAGCAACACGACGAAGAAUUUCAACCUUUAAAGAGGGAAGCUGAAAGACUGUAUAAUGAAGCAUUGGCAAGCACAAAUAAUAUUAAUCCACAAGAUAACGCAUUUAAACUACUGAAUAAAGCUUUUGAAAAAUUACCAGCUACUAUAGACGAAAUAAAUAAAGAAUUAAAUAUUGCUCAAGCGAAAGUCUUCUGUAUGGCGAAAAACGUAGAUGCCGAGAACGUGCUUCAUGAAUAUGAGGAAAUACAAAGUAAUAUUCAAAAAUUGACUGAAUUUGUCAAACAGAAGACUAUUAAACUAGAAGAAAUGACAAAAGAGAUUAAUACAUUAAAAGAAAAAUGGUUACCACUAUUGGAGCAGCUGAUUGAAAGGAUAAAUACUAAUUUUAGUUCUUAUUUUUCUGCGAUGGAUUGCGCUGGCGAAGUUACACUUGCACAUGGUGAAAAUGUCCUGGAUUUUGAUCAAUAUGGUUUAAAAAUCAGAGUAAAGUUCCGAGAUACGGAUGAACUGCAAGAAUUAACAAGACAUUUUCAAAGCGGUGGUGAAAGAACUGUAACUACUGCCAUUUAUAUGAUCGCUUUACAAGAAUUGUCGCGCGUACCGUUUCGCUGUGUAGAUGAAAUUAAUCAGGGCAUGGAUGCAAUUAACGAAAAUCGCGUUUUUAAUUUACUUGUUAAAAUGACAGGACGGCCAGGCAGCUCUCAAUAUUUUCUGCUCACACCAAAACUUUUAUUAGACUUAUCAUAUGCGGAAACAGUGACACUACAUUGCGUUUUAAAUGGACCAAUUAUUAAUACAAGUGAUAAAGAGUUUGAAUUUGAUACAGAAGCUUAUGUCAAUAGUUUUGCAUCAAUAACUGAUAUAUAGAAGAGAAACAUAAAAGUAAAA